CCCAGCUGUAAAACGUUCGGUAGAUUAAGUGCAGCUGCGCUUAUGUCCUGUUGGAUCUUUGUGGUAGUUGGUAAUUAUCGCAAAGGCGUCGACGGCGCCGUGUUGUACGAUCCGAGUCGACGAAGCCGAAGCUGAAUUUCGAAGUAACUUGGUUUCAAAGCCCGAUUAUUAAGCAUCAUGGCGAAAUUGGUAGACAUUUGGCGUGACGAUAACCCGGCUACUUUGACACGACGACAAUUGCCAUUGAUCGUCGAUGAAAAUCUCACAAUGGUUAUGGAUAUUGGAAGUCUUGGUGCGGUGUGCGAGGGCCCAUUGGUUCGAGGGAAACAAUUAGAUGAGUUUUCGAAGAAAUUAAGUUUGCUGACAAAAGAGGAAGUGAAGGCAUCUUUUGAAGUAACACGAAAGGAUACAUUGACGAUUCUGGAUCAAGCUGUACCAUGUGUUGGUUGCAGACGAAGUGUUGAGAGAUUGUUCUACGAUCUAAGUAAAUCUGGGCACCCAGCAUUGGAUCCAUUAAUCGUUACUUCCGAGGGAAUGCUAACAGUAAAGGAUGACAUCUUGGAGUCACCUAGGUUAUUGUGUACGAUGCUACAGGGUCAUAGCACUAGAUUGAAUGGAUUGGUCGAGCGACAGCCUCGCAGCAAGAAGUCUCGUAGGUGUGCCCUUCAUUCGCUAGAGGUACAACGGACGAAGCCUCUACCAGGUGCCUGGAGAGAAGUUUGGGAUCGGAUGAAGCCACCUUGCCGGCAAGAACUGACUUUAGUUGAAACAGACACGUUGGACGCUACCUUAGACACGUACCUGAAGAAACACAGAUUUUGUGCCGAGUGUCGGACAAAAGUACUUCUGGCGUCGUACCUUUUGACGACGGAACCAGAUCCUGCCAAAGAGAGGGGCUACGUGGCUGCCCUCUAUACUGGAAUUAAGCGUUGUGUACCAGAACGCCACGUUCAUCUACCUACCAAUACCGAUUACAUUGGUACUAUAAUUGGACGAGGGCAACCGGAGCUCGUGGGACGGGAGCGACAUGCUAAAACUCUGGAGAUCGCUCAAGAAGAAGUGCUCACUUGCUUGGGCAUCUGUGUGGCAGAACGUCUCCACCGAGUCCACAGACGUCUUCGAGAGGAAGAAACAGUCUGCAAAGUUCUAGCAGCCGUGGCAGUGGAAGCACUAUUUAGAAACUUUCAAAUGGCCGUUGAGGUUAAGCAAGGUAUUACUCAAUUGGAGCUCCUCUGUGUAGAGCUAACAAAGGAGGAAGCAGCGAAAGAGCAGCGCCGAGAGAAGCUACGUAUCAAGAGGAAGAAGAAGAAAGAACGCCGAUGCGAGGUGGAGGAAAAAGAGAAUGAAUGCGAGUGUUCAAUUAAGAGGAAUAGCAACGAUGACGAGUUGUCCUGCAGUUGUUCCGAGACGAAACCGAAGACACGGAACAUCGACCGGCAUAAAUUGCAGGUCUUAGAUCCAAAAAACAAGGGUCCUCCUAUGUGCAAGUGCCCGGAUUGCGUGAAGAAGUCGCGAGCUUCCUCGGGCGAAUCUCGUCCCGCAACGUUCCCGGCUCCUAGAGAAAGAUCUCGAAACGAUCUCAUUCAAGCUAACCUCCUAACCAAGUCGACUUGCAUUUUGAGUCAGUCCGAGACUGCUAAUCUGAUGUGCAAAGGCCGCUCCGGAGAAAGCGACGAAUUCUGCGAGUCAUGUAAGGUCUUCUUGGAGAAGAACAAAGACGAUGGCCAGUGGUACUUGCGGCAGGAGUACCGGGAUAUAGCCUCGAAGGAGCUGAUGGACGCGUUUAUGGGGAGACCCAGCGAGCGAUUCCUCGCCUGGGUCGAAUCGAUGAACAAAACCAGCAAGAUCCUUCCCUCGGAGAACGACGAAAGGAUCGAAUGUUCGUCCAGCGAAAGGUCCUCCCAGGAUUGCGGUUACUCGUCCGAGCAUAACGCGAGCUGUUCCUCGUUACCGAGCACCCCCGAAGGAUCCGAGGUAGCCUGCAGCGAGGAUUGUUGCAACCACGAUUCCGCGAUCAUCACCGAAGAGAAACUCCCUCACACCGGGUCGAGAACCUCCUUCUCGAGAGACUUCGGGGGUGGACUCUCUCUUACGCAAAUGCUAGAGAAUUCGUAUUCGUCGGAAGACGAGGGCAAGGAGAGCUAUAUACCCGCGGAGGAGGUGCUGGAAUUCAAGUCGAAGAUGUGCCAGGUCCUGGAGAAGCGACAGGAGCUGCGCCAGACUCUCAGGAAGCGGUUCGCGAUGCUCUGCAGCCAUCGCGGCCCACUCGCCGUUCCUCACUAAACUGGGGACUUCCCACGUAGAUGGUACAGCUACUCCCUUCUUUUCUUUUUACCGGAUUCGAUUGUGCCCUUUUCUACGACUCUUCUUUGCGGAUUGUCCGCGAAUCGCAGUGAUUAUAGUAUAAUUUCAGCGAGUCAUUUACAGUCUAAUCGUGGAUUCGCGAGAUCGCGAGGUCGUGGAGACCGUUCUGAGCCACUCAAUCUGUCGAAUAGUCUGCAAAUUUCUGGAGAAAAAAAAAAACGAAGAGAACUCGGUGUUAACAAGGAAUAUAUCGUGCUUACUUUUUCGUCCUUUUGGUUGACGUCGAAUCGCUAGAACAAGAGCGACUUUUCAGAGACGAAAGAUAAGUGAAGGAAUUAACGAGUGGUUAAACGAGUAAUCAUGUAAACGAGAAGUGGAAUUGGGGCUAAGACGUUGUUGGAACGUUCGAUACGAUGAUUCGUAUUGGCUCAAAUGUUGGCACGUGAGUUCUGCGAUUUUCUCGGAGUCCUCGACAUUUCUCAGAAUGGCUU